AUGCCCUCCUGCAAGCUUCACUCUUUGUGCCUCGAUGGAAUGUUUCUGGUAAUGGGAUCUUAGUUAUUUGCAACGAAAUAGUCAGAUUUCAUUGAUAAAACGAUCAGAUCUGUUUUAAUGUUUCGCAGGCUAAAAUUUUUGCUUAUCAAUGUUUAGAUAUUUAUUUGACUUUCGAGCUGUUUAAUACUUUUUAGUAUUCUUUUCUUAUUUAUUUUUUAAUGCGCGUUUCAGUUUUUUCGUACAUUUUGUCAUAUUUUGCAAUGAUAGUAUGACUAGUAAGCAUCAUUAGGGAAUUCCAUUAAAAAUUAAUUCCAGAUUAACUCUUAAUAUUAAUUUUCAAACAUUAAUAUAUAAAAAUUAUUAACUAUAAAUAUUGAUAUAUUUCCCUUCGUUAAUCUAUCACAUUUUAAUUUAUCCACUAUUUUUUGACGAACAUAUACUCUGUGCAAAAAAAUACAAAUCUCAUUAUACGGUAAAAAGGUUAAAAUGAGAAAAAGUUGAGAUUAAUCUUUCUUAUCACGCAGACGUGCUUAAUCCUGGCGAUCUUGUGCGCCAUUCUGGCAAACGGCGAAUACUACAACGAACGCUUCGAGCCGUUGCACACCGACGUUUAUCCCUGGACUCGCAUAAAUCGCGAGAUCCCUCGUGAAUUGGCCUUCUCAGAUCCAUCUCCGUCCUACAGUAGUUUCUUAGAAUCCAGACUUAGAAAUCAGCGUGCGUUCGAUUCGUCCGAGUCCCUCGACAAGCCUAAACCAUGGUACUCGGCGUCCACAGUGAAGAAAGUCCCCACGGAGAACAAGAAUUUGAAGAAAGUGAUAUCGCCGUUCUACACCAUCACCGACGACGAUUCCCAAAAGUACAAAGACAUGGUGAUGAAGUCCGGCGUUCCAUACUGUCAGGAGAUGAAAACGAAACGAGGGGGCAAGAGCAGCGUCGCGAAGGACACCACGAUCUGCUACAAAUGCAAGAAUCCGAAGAACGGCGCCACUUACGAACAAUGCUCGUAUCAUUCUCAUCCGUUGACCGAUUCCAGCAACAUCGACGAGAUUCCAGUGGCACGUCCAGGGACGUUCAGAAACAGGAGGUCCAACGUGGACGAAGCUUCCUCCGGCUCCGAAGGCUCUGACAAUUACGGACGACACGACAGCCCGUACCGAUUUAGCGAGAAGAUAUUCUCAGACGCAACGGACGACGUCCCGCCAGAGUAUAAGAACGAGAACGAAAAAUGCGAGAAGGUGACGAAGGACUCGAUGGUGUGCAUGGUGUGCAGAGACACGAGGAGUAACGCGAAGUACGAGCAAUGCUCCUACGUUGGAAAGCCUGAUGAAAAGGAUCACGCUCCUGACCAGGCUGAAUUUAGCUCACCGAAGGAUUCUAAAACGCGAUCCGAGAACGAGGGCGAGGAGGAUAUUGGGAAAAGAUCGAGCAGAGAAUAUUCGAAGAGUGACGAACCGGUUAAAGAGUACUCCAGUUACGACGACAAGGAGGAGCCAGAGAGAUCGUCUCGAGAGGAAGCCAAGGAAUCGUCGGACACCUGCAAGAAGGUCCAAAAAGGCUCGAAGACUUGCACCGUCUGUAAGGAUCCCAGAACGCGUGGAAAUUACGAGAGAUGCUCGUACAGCUACGAGCCGGACGACAAGGUCUACAAGUACAGUAGAUCGAAGAGUUUCGGAUAUCCCAGCAGUUCCUCCAAAGAUAACGACAAGAAAGACUACAAAGAGGACAAGUCGCAAGAGGAGGGAUCGCGAAGCGAGCCCGAGGAUUACAGCAAAGACUAUACCAUACCAGAAAGCUAUUACGAGAAAAGUCAAUCCACCCCGCCGAGUUCUUACUUCAAGGAUGACGAGUCCAGGUCUAAUUACGGUCAGUAUGGAUCGUCUCGAGGAUCGAAAUCUCCUUCGGACGAGGAUGGAUCUUCGUCCAGCUACGAGAAAUCUAAAUUAGAGUCGCAGAGAGUCGCCGAGAGUAUCGAGCCGAGUCACUGCAAAGAGAUCGAGAGAGACUCUAUGACUUGCAAGGUUUGCAAGGACCCGAAGACCGGAAGUAACUCGGAACAGUGCUCGUACAAGUACCAGCCAAACGACAAGAGUUACUCGUACUCGAAAUCCAGGUCGUUUGGUAGUCCAACGGAGUCAGAGGACAGAUCGUACGACGGAUCUGAGAAGAAGGAGUCCAAGGAGCCGUACGAGAGUCGAGACUACGAUUCUUCCUCGGAGAAGAAGACCAACAGAGACGCUCAGAGGAGAGAAUUCACAGCGUCCGGGGAAUCGGCGAGUUCUGCACCGAAGAAGAGCGACUCGGGCUUCUACGACGCGUUCAAAAAGAAAGCAGAGAUUCAGAAGGUACUUCGCGAGUUCCAGACGGAAGAUCGUUCCAAUUGCAAGAAACUGAUGCGCGGCAGAAUGACUUGCUACCAAUGCGUCGACGAGAAGGGCUUCCAGAAGGAAGAAUGCGCUUUCGUAACCUCGGACGAGCCAAUCGAGGAGAAGUCAGACCAUCGAGAAACCAGGGAACCUACCAAGAAGGUUCCCAGAUCGAUCGAAGAUCGUUCGUAUGAUUUUUUUGUAGAACCUGAGGCUGCUGCCAGCGAGAAAACUGAGGCGAGAGAACAGUCGAACAGCGAGACGAGUUCCGAAGAGAUUGAGAAAAAAUCUAAGGAGGUUGAACCUUACGAGUACGUGGCGGAGACCAGACCUGUGUUUGACAAGGUUCUUGGAUUCACACUUCCGGCGUACAUGUUGAGCACUUCCGAACACGAAGACGAGUUUGACAAGAUUUUCACGAGUGGUAGUACUUAA